AUGACAUCAAUCAUGAACCCAUGUGAUAAGAAGUUUGUUUGGGUUAUAAAGAAUUUUUCCUCUUUGCAAUUACAAGAUUGUUAUGUUUCUGAUCCGGUUCUGAUCCAUGACGUCAAUUGGCGUCUUUUUGCCUAUCCGGAGGGAAGUAAUGGUGAUCACUUGUUAUUCAAAAAAAAUAAUGGUGAUCACUUGUCUCUGUAUCUGGAAGUUGAUUUCGAAUCAUUGCCUUGUGGAUGGAGACAAUAUACACAAUUUCGUUUUACGGUAGUAAAUCAAAUUUCAGAGCAUUCAUCCGUAAAGAGAGAAGGACGAAAGUGGUUUGAUAAGAAAGCUCCGGAAUGGGGUUGGGAAGAGAUGAUAUCUCUAACAAAACUUAAUGAUAUAAAUAGUGGGUUCGUGGUGAACGGAGAGCUCAUGAUUGUUGCUGAAGUAGAAACUUUUGAAGCUGUUAGCACAUCACAAGUUGCAGCGGUUCGUGAUGAUAGUGAAUGGACACUUCUUGGCUAUUACUCUUCAUCUGAAGAGGACAAGGAUGAUGUAACUGUUGUAGUCAAGGGCUUUCAUGUUCUUGAUUCGCAAGUUAAUCAAGUGAAGGAAAUCUUUGAGAAACAUCCAGAUCUCGCAACGAAUUUGGUUUUAAAGAAUCAAAAUCUCAAGAAUGUUUACAUGGGUUUUCUUCUUGACUUAAUCAAGACAUUGAGCAAGUUGCCUAAGGAACUCACUGAGGAAGACUUAAACUUCGCCGACAGUACGCUUUCUGAUCUGACAAAUGCAGGCUUCAUGUUGGAUUGGUUGCGUCUGAAGUUGAAUAGGGCGUUGGAGAAACAAAUAGCUUGUGACGCAGGCUAA